GUGGAGAAAAGGUUUGUCGUAACCUUUUUGAAAACAAGAAAACCAAAUUGGAGCUUCGACAAUCAGUUGCUGUAAUGGAGAAUAUCGGGAAAUCACGCCAUCACCACAGUAAACGCCUCCCAAAUCUCAAAAGUCCAAAAGCUCUGAAAUCACCUUUCAAGUCGCCAACAUUUCGCAACAAGAAGGUGAGCGAGACGCCUGCCCACAAACAGAAAUGCCAGGCAGUGUUUUCUCGUAUUGAGAAGGAAAGGCAUCGUUCGCAGAGUGUCACCACAGUACAAGUGGUGGAGGAAUCACCCGUAAAGGCUUGUAUCGAACCAACAGACAGUCCGUCACAAAGAAAGAGGACUAUGACAAUGCUUCGACGUUCCUUUUAUUCCGCUGGUCCUACCAAGAGGUCUCGCAACAUGGUAAAAUAUUUCCAGCUAGCUGAUCGUAUGGCAGGCAGGCCACCUGUCAACAGGCUAAGCUCGGGUGUUUCACUUCACGAUUUAUCAGCAGAGUUCAGAUCGCCAGAUAAAAACUCUUCACUCAUCUUCUCGCAGCUCAUUGGAAGUCCAACACCUCCAAAAUCGACACCAAACAAAAUGGUGGUUACCCCAGCCAAGCACCUGCUCGAGUCACCAAGUAUGCAUACAAGAUCAAGGUCACCUGCACGCUUGGAAGGAACCCCGAGAAAACACAUUGUUGGUAAAAGUUUGUUGGAAUCACCUUGCAUGAACACUCGAUCAAAGUCGCCGGGCUUUAGUCUAGGUCGUCCAAAAGUUUUGUUCGGAGAUUGCAGUUCAUCCUUUCCUGGUGUUGCUCAAGACCAGCCUGGAGUUUUCUUAAAAGAAACUCCAGUGAAAAAUGACAGUUUGGUUGCAGAGUCUCCAAGCCAGAAUACACGAUCAAAAGCCACGGCCACACCAAAGAGAUCUUCACGUGCAAAAAUGUUUUUAUUCAAGAGCCCUGAAAACAAACCCUCAUCCUUAAAAUCAAUAUGCACAAACAUUUCUUCAUCAAAAUGCCUGAAUUUGUCCAAGUUUGAAAGUGCGGACAGACAAAACGAUCAAAACGAUGUGAAUUCGGCUAAGAGUGAGACAGGUAGUGUUAUCAAUUUAUCCUGGAUAGAGGCUA